CUUUUAUUUUCCCACUCGCCGCCGGUCAAUUUGCCGUUGUCCACAAGCGCAAUCAUGGCGGCCGAUAUGACAAAUCCCGUUCUGGACGCCCUGUCCGCGUCUGAAGGGCCGAUUUUAUCCAAUGAAGCCUUCCCCUCCGUCCCCUCACAAACCGUCAAAGCGGCGCUUGAUCGACUCGCCUCACGACUGAUGGUCGAAUAUGAAACCUUUAAUAGCGAGGUUCUUGUUGUGACGAAGGAAGGAGAGGAUGUUGCAGCCAAUGGCAGUCACGAAGCAAAAGUCUACCAGGCAGUGCUCGCUGCCAUGGAUGGCUUGAAGAUUAAGGAGUUGCCUGAAGUUGUCGGAAAAGAGAAUGCUCAACUCGGACAGGGAAGUGCCUUCAAGAAGGGCUGGAUCAAGAAGGAUAAGGAUGUUCUCCGGGCUGCCACCGACAGCAUUGUUGACGAUACCCAAGCCGACGUGAAAAAGAUCCAGCAGGGUGGGACCGUGACGGACCCCAAUGCUCUCAAAGAAUUGAAAAAGCGGAAACUCGUCACUGCCAAGAAGGUCAUCACUUUUAAAAUUUCAAAGGGUGCUAAGUACGCCAGAGAGCUGGUCAAGGAGGAAACCGAUCUGACGGCCGAGAUGCUUCAGAACGGAUCAUGGAAGACCGCCACUUUCAAGCCCUACAACUUCAAGGCUAUGGGCGCUCCUACCCCCUCUGGAGCCUUCCAUCCUUUAAACAAAGUCCGACAGGAGUUCCGGAAUAUCUUCUUCGAGAUGGGUUUUGAGGAGAUGCCGACGAACCGUUUCGUGGAGACUGGCUUUUGGAACUUCGACGCACUCUUUGUGCCUCAACAGCACCCCGCUCGUGAUCUCCAAGAUACCUUCUAUAUCUCCGACCCUCUCACCGCUGACCCUCCUCGUGAAGAUCCCGAGUAUGACCCCCACCGCCCAAAGACCGUGCUUAAACCCGCGGGCGAGGAAAAGAAGCUGGACUACAAAGAAUAUUGGGAGAAUGUCCGCCAGGUUCAUGAGAAUGGAAAGUACGGGUCAAUUGGUUAUCGCUACCCAUGGAGCCCCGAGGAAGCGCUGCGCCUUGUUCUUCGCACACACACCACGUCCAUCUCCACGUACAUGCUGCACAAGCUUGCCGCCAAUCCGCGACCUGCGAGAUAUUUCAGUAUCGACCGUGUCUUCCGUAAUGAGGCAGUCGACGCCACCCACUUGGCUGAGUUCCACCAAAUCGAAGGUGUCAUUGCCGACUUUGACCUCACCCUAGGUGGUCUCAUCGGCUUCAUGGAGGUUUUCUUCGCCAAGAUGGGUAUUCACAAGCUCCGCUUCAAACCUGCCUACAACCCCUACACUGAACCUAGUAUGGAAAUUUUCGGCUAUCACCCCGGGCUAGGCAAGUGGGUGGAAAUUGGAAACAGCGGUAUGUUCCGGCCGGAGAUGUUGGAACCUAUGGGUCUUCCCAAGGACAUGCGGGUGUAUGGUUGGGGUCUCAGUCUUGAGAGGCCGACCAUGAUCAAGUAUGGCGUGAGCAACAUUCGAGAACUGCUCGGCCACAAGGUUGAUCUCAACUUCAUCGAGACAAAUCCGGCAGUCAGAUUAGAAAAGGAUUAGAUUUGAUUCAAGAGAGAAAAGACGGGAU